GAGCUUUGCACUUUUGUCUACAAUCAGUUGUGAUGGAGUUCAAAACUUUUUUGCUUUCAGUUUUAGUUGCAUGCACGUGCGCUCAAACCUUUAACGAUAGUGUUUCUCCUUCAGACCAGGUGAAGAUCAGCUCAUCUUUCCCAUGUCAAGGAAACUCUGGCGAAAUAUUGAAUAGGUUGCCUGGAAUGAAACCUACCUGUAUCAUACAUCCCAGACCCAGAGAGGAACCAUUGACACCGCAGCCAGGGCUUGGCAGUAUGGCUGUUAUAGAGGAACCAUUUCUGAGGAAGCAAGGCGUUACUGGUAGUUUAGCUGUUUGGAAAGAAGAAACAGACAAGACAUCUGCCAACUGUUCCUUAGAGGGCAAAGGUAAAAAUCUUAAAAAUGAAUGUAACGGCACUGAUCUGAAAACUACACAGAACAUGACCACAUUCUCCAUCUCAGACGAUGCUGUGCUGUUCCUGAAAGGCCUGCUGGUCACACGUGUCAUGCCCUCUUUCUACAUCCUCCUCUUCCUCAUUAGUUUGCCCCUAAAUGCAUUGGCUCUGGUGACGUUCACCUGUAAGAUUAAAGAAAAGAAACCGGCUGUGAUCUACAUGUCAAACCUGGCGUGUGUGGAUCUGCUCUUCACCCUGCUGCUUCCUCUGAAGAUCCACUAUCAUCUGAACGGAUCUGUUUGGGUGUUUGGUGAGGUGGCGUGUCGUGUGCUAAGCGCUGCUUUCUACUGCUACAUGUACUGUUCCAUACUGCUGAUGAUGUGCAUGAGUGUGGACAGACUGCUGGCUGUGGUUUUCCCCGUCGUCUCUCUGACCUGGCGGACAACGAGGAAUUCUGCUUACGUCUGUGCGCUGGUCUGGUUGCUGGCACUCACUGGCACAGUCCCACUUCUCUCUAUAACGCAAACGUUCAACAUUAAACAUGUGGGCAUGACCUGCCACGAUGCAUUGCGUCACGAAGACCCAGCAGAUCAGAUGUACAUGAACCUGUUCUCUAUUCUGUCCUGUCUUUACUUCUUCCUGCCGCUGGUCAUCACUUUGGCGUGUUACUCUACUAUUAUAUAUGCACUCAGUGUCAAAUCUGGUCGCUUAGCAACAUCAUCAUCAACCUCAGAUAAACGAGGAAGAGCCGUGAUUAUGACUAUUGCCACAAUGAUAGAGUUUGUGGUUUGUUUUGCAGCAACCAAUGCAAUCCUGUUGUACCACUGUGUUGUUUUGAUCACAAGAGGCACCAGAGGAGAGGGAAAUGCAUCAUAUAUGGCUUACAUGUUAGCUGUGUGUGCAGGGAGCUCAAGUGUUUUUCUGGAUCCUCUGCUGUAUUACUAUGGGUCGUCUCAGUGCAGACAGAAAAUCAGAUCUGUGUUUUGGUGGAAGAAAACUAAAAGAGUUACAAAGAUGUCAAACACGGCUGAGCUGUGCAUUUAAAGAAACUCAUGUGUAAAGUGCUGAUUAAAUACUUAGUUCCUCAUUGUAAUGAAUGAUUUCUGGCUUAAUGCUAACACGAGCUUCUAAGAGUUAAAGCAGUUAAAAAACACAGUAAUUGUUAUUAUAUUGUGUGUGUACCCUGUAAAACAAGGUCUAUAAAAUAUAAAGCAUGUUCAGUUAUUAUGCUUACAGAAAUGUUCAAAUUGUGUAAACCAAACA